UCUACUCGUGUUUGUGAUAUUUUAGGAAAAUGCCUGAACCAGCGAAGUCCGCACCCAAGAAGGGCUCCAAGAAAGCGGUCACUAAGACCGCUGGAAAGGGAGGCAAGAAGCGUAAGAGGUCAAGGAAGGAGAGCUAUGCUAUCUACGUGUACAAGGUGCUGAAGCAGGUCCAUCCCGACACCGGUAUUUCUUCCAAGGCUAUGGGCAUCAUGAACUCCUUCGUGAACGACAUCUUCGAGCGCAUCGCCGGAGAGGCUUCCCGUCUUGCCCACUACAACAAGAGGUCAACCAUCACCUCCAGGGAGAUCCAGACUGCCGUGCGCCUUCUGCUCCCUGGUGAGCUGGCCAAGCACGCCGUUUCUGAGGGCACCAAGGCUGUGACCAAGUACACCAGCUCCAAGUAAAGUGCUCUGCUGGAGAGCUCAACAACCAACGGCUCUUUUAAGAGCCACCCACUCUCUCGAAAAAGGCAAAUCCCGACUACUCGAAUAUGAACAUAUGCGCUUGUUCACAAGCUCACUAAGGGAUUAUAGGGCUCAUCUUUUCAAUUAAAUUACUCAAGUUAUAAAAGCUAAGUUCCAAUGGAGUCCGUUCCAGACGGCAGUUUUUGGGUUCUGGAAUAUUUUAAUUACGAAGUAGUUGUAUGAAUGCCACGGGUUCUUAAUAUUUAAUAUGCAGUAUGCUUCGCUUGUACUGCAUACUAAACGAUUUUCGCAGUCUGUUGCAACGCGUACAAAUGUAUACCGUUCUAGAUUCAGGGACCCCCAAAGCGGUGUAUUUUAACAUGGUCUAGCAAAAUGUUAAUGAUCCAAUGUUGCACUUACUGGUCCUUGAAUAGUGUUAAGUCUUGUGUAGCUGUUGGGUAGCUCCUGCCCCAAGACAGUUAAUGCCUGUACCUGGACAUUAACUUUAAGCUCACCCUAGUUAUGCUUAGCUGACUCCUUGACGGCAUGAAUGUUUGCAGUGUGACAUUUGCCUCACUUCUGUGCGUCGCAUUGGACAAAGCGUCUGGUAGAUGUGUACAUUUGAAGCUAUUCAUUAUAUGAGACAAACCUUUUAUGUGGUGUCGAUACAAUUUUUAGGAAUAUUAUACCAUGAGAAGUCGAAUGUGUUCAUGUAAUAGCGGUAUUUGGUUAUGCGUGUUUUAAAAUGAACGAAAAUGUAUUCACUAUAUAAGUAAUUAUAUAUAUAUAUAUAUGUAUAUACACAAUAAACGAAACAGUCCACUAAUGAAUAAUUAGACUUUGUUAUUGAUAGGGUCAUGCAGUUCUUCACGUUGAUUGGCUAAGAGCUCUGUGGCAUGAUAUCCAAUGAGCGUAAGGCACUAUCUCAAUAAAGUCAUAGACCUACACAAGGAA